AUGGAUGUCGUAGAUGUGGCUUUCAUUCAACCCAUCGAGCAUAGACCUGAGCCAAAUUUUAUUGUUGAGGCAGUAGAAAGUCCACUAAUUGACCUCUCUCCAUUACUACAUCCAGAUGAGUUGACAGAAGCUAAGCCAGUUGAGGUAGCUUUGAAGAAGUUUUUUGGUCUACCAUCUGAGGAGAAGCGAAAAGUGCAGAGGGAUGAGGCGAAUCCAUUGGGUUAUUAUGAUAUUGAGUAUACGAAAAACAUAAGAGACUGGAAAGAAGUAUUUGAUUUUAUGGUAAAGGAUCCAACCACAAUACCUGCAUAUUAG